AUGUACGGACGAUCUCAUCCACCCGCCACCCCUGUCAAAAACAACUUCAAAAAGUGGAAGCCACCAUGGGAAGAAGACGAUCCUUCAUCUCCGAGAGUGGAGAACGGAACAACGUCGUCGAAUGGAAAACUGAGCAGAAAAACAGAGGAUGGUAAACCGAAAACAUGGAGUACGCCCUUGGAGAGCAUUAACGACGACGAAAGUGAUAAAACUACUGAAGAACUGGGAUCAACCGAGAAAAUGCCUACUGACCUCGAUACAAAAAACUCCAACAGAAAACAAUCACGCGAUUCAGCUCACGAAAAAAAAGCGGCGCCUUCGCCUGCAGCUGUACCAAAUCCGGUGAAAAAGUGGAAACCGCCAUGGGAAGAUGACGAAGUUCCUGUGGAGAAAGUACCUCAGAAGGCUCCUGAGAAAGCAGUUCCAAGUUUGAAGACGAGAGAACCUACGAAACCUUCGGUUAAACCUAGAGAUCCAUCACCGAAAAAAGCAGCGCCCAAGCCAGAAGAUAAAAAAGCUGCGCCAUCACCUGCAGCUGUACCAAAUCCGGUGAAAAAGUGGAAACCGCCAUGGGAAGAUGACGAAGUUCCUGUGGAGGAAGUACCUCAGAAGGCUCCUGAGAAAGCAGUUCCAAGUUUGAAGACGAAAGAACCUACGAAACCUUCGGCUAAACCUAGAGAUCCAUCACCGAAAAAAGCAGCGCCCAAGCCAGAAGAUAAAAAAGCUGCGCCUUCACCUGCAGCUGUACCAAAUCCGGUGAAAAAGUGGAAACCGCCAUGGGAAGAUGACGAAGUUCCUGUGGAGGAAGUACCUCAGAAGGCUCCUGAGAAAGCAGUUCCAAGUUUGAAGACGAAAGAACCUACGAAACCUUCGGCUAAACCUAGAGAUCCAUCACCGAAAAAAGCAGCGCCCAAGCCAGAAGAUAAAAAAGCUGCGCCUUCACCUGCAGCUGUACCAAAUCCGGUGAAAAAGUGGAAACCGCCAUGGGAAGAUGACGAAGUUCCUGUGGAGGAAGUACCUCAGAAGGCUCCUGAGAAAGCAGUUCCAAAAUUAAAGACGAAAGAACCUACGAAACCUUUGGCUAAACCUAGAGAUCCAUCACCGAAAAAAGCAGCGCCCAAGCCAGAAGAUAAAAAAGCUGCGCCUUCACCUGCAGCUGUACCAAAUCCGGUGAAAAAGUGGAAACCGCCAUGGGAAGAUGACGAAGUUCCUGUGGAGGAAGUACCUCAGAAGGCUCCUGAGAAAGCAGUUCCAAGUUUGAAGACGAAAGAACCUACGAAACCUUCGGUUAAACCUAGAGAUCCAUCACCGAAAAAAGCAGCGCCCAAGCCAGAAGAUAAAAAAGCUGCGCCUUCACCUGCAGCUGUACCAAAUCCGGUGAAAAAGUGGAAACCGCCAUGGGAAGAUGACGAAGUUCCUGUGGAGGAAGUACCUCAGAAGGCUCCUGAGAAAGCAGUUCCAAAAUUAAAGACGAAAGAACCUACGAAACCUUUGGCUAAACCUAGAGAUCCAUCACCGAAAAAAGCAGCGCCCAAGCCAGAAGAUAAAAAAGCUGCGCCUUCACCUGCAGCUGUACCAAAUCCGGUGAAAAAGUGGAAACCGCCAUGGGAAGAUGACGAAGUUCCUGUGGAGGAAGUACCUCAGAAGGCUCCUGAGAAAGCAGUUCCAAGUUUGAAGACGAAAGAACCUACGAAACCUUCGGUUAAACCUAGAGAUCCAUCACCGAAAAAAGCAGCGCCCAAGCCAGAAGAUAAAAAAGCUGCGCCUUCACCUGCAGCUGUACCAAAUCCGGUGAAAAAGUGGAAACCGCCAUGGGAAGAUGACGAAGUUCCUGUGGAGGAAGUACCUCAGAAGGCUCCUGAGAAAGCAGUUCCAAGUUUGAAGACGAAAGAACCUACGAAACCUUCGGCUAAACCUAGAGAUCCAUCACCGAAAAAAGCAGCGCCCAAACCAGAAAAGAAAAAUUCGGAAGAAUCUCCUGUGAAACCUUUGAAACCAGUACUGGGUCUCAAAUCGAAAGACCCGCAAUCAAAAAAUGAGAUUGAAAGCGAACCUGAAACUCCAACAUUCAAUUUCACCAUGCUACCGAAGAAAAAGCAACCAGACAGUGAAUCACCUGCUGAUCCUUUAGGAGGACCAAAACCGAAAGAUCCCAAGUUGAGCCUCAAAGAUCCGAAACCAAAAGAGGCUCCAAAGAAAGCUCCAGUCAAACCUGAGAAGAAACCGGAAGACAAAAAACCGACAGAGAAGCCGAAGCCGAAAGAAGAGAAACCAAAGGAACCUGAAGCACCAAAGGCACCGAAAAAGUGGCGCCCGCCGUGGGAAGACGAUCCUGACGAACCAGAAGAAGAUGAACCAGCUCCACUGAAGCUUAAACAACCUGAAGAUGAACCUGAAACUCCUACUACUGACUUCACUUUGCCACCUAAGAAGAAGCAACCAGACAGUGAAUCACCUGCUGAUCCUUUAGGAGGACCAAAACCGAAAGAUCCCAGGUUGAGCCUCAAAGAUCCGAAACCAAAAGAAGCUCCGAAGAAAGCUCCAGUCAAACCUGAGAAGAAACCGGAAGACAAAAAACCGACAGAGAAGCCGAAGCCGAAAGAAGAGAAACCAAAGGAACCUGAAGCACCAAAGGCACCGAAAAAGUGGCGCCCGCCGUGGGAAGACGAUCCUGACGAACCAGAAGAAGAUGAACCAGCUCCACUGAAGCUUAAACAACCUGAAGAUGAACCUGAAACUCCUACUACUGACUUCACUUUGCCACCUAAGAAGAAGCAACCAGACAGUGAAUCACCUGCUGAUCCUUUAGGUGGACCAAAACCGAAAGAUCCCAAGUUGAGCCUCAAAGAUCCGAAACCAAAAGAAGCUCCGAAGAAAGCUCCAGUCAAACCUGAGAAGAAACCGGAAGACAAAAAACCGACAGAGAAGCCAAAGCCGAAAGAAGAGAAACCAAAGGAACCUGAAGCACCAAAGGCACCGAAAAAGUGGCGCCCGCCGUGGGAAGACGAUCCUGACGAACCAGAAGAAGAUGAACCAGCUCCACUGAAGCUUAAACAACCUGAAGAUGAACCUGAAACUCCUACUGCUGACUUUACUUUGCCACCUAAGAAGAAGCAACCAGACAGUGAAUCACCUGCUGAUCCUUUAGGAGGACCAAAACCGAAAGAUCCCAAGUUGAGCCUCAAAGAUCCGAAACCAAAAGAAGCUCCGAAGAAAGCUCCAGUCAAACCUGAGAAGAAACCGGAAGACAAAAAACCGACAGAGAAGCCGAAGCCGAAAGAAGAGAAACCAAAGGAACCUGAAGCACCAAAGGCACCGAAAAAGUGGCGCCCGCCAUGGGAAGACGAUCCUGACGAACCAGAAGAAGAUGAACCAGCUCCACUGAAGCUUAAACAACCUGAAGAUGAACCUGAAACUCCUACUGCUGACUUCACUUUGCCACCUAAGAAGAAGCAACCAGACAGUGAAUCACCUGCUGAUCCUUUAGGAGGACCAAAACCGAAAGAUCCCAAGUUGAGCCUCAAAAAUCCGAAACCAAAAGAAGCUCCGAAGAAAGCUCCAGUCAAACCUGAGAAGAAACCGGAAGACAAAAAACCGACAGAGAAGCCGAAGCCGAAAGAAGAGAAACCAAAGGAACCUGAAGCACCAAAGGCACCGAAAAAGUGGCGCCCGCCAUGGGAAGACGAUCCUGGCGAACCAGAAGAAGUUGAACCAGCUCCACUGAAGCUUAAACAACCUGAAGAUGAACCUGAAACUCCUACUGCUGACUUUACUUUGCCACCUAAGAAGAAGCAACCAGACAGUGAAUCACCUGCUGAUCCUUUAGGAGGACCAAAACCGAAAGAUCCCAAGUUGAGCCUCAAAAAUCCGAAACCAAAAGAAGCUCCGAAGAAAGCUCCAGUCAAACCUGAGAAGAAACCGGAAGACAAAAAACCGACAGAGAAGCCGAAGCCGAAAGAAGAGAAACCAAAGGAACCUGAAGCACCAAAGGCACCGAAAAAGUGGCGCCCGCCAUGGGAAGACGAUCCUGACGAACCAGAAGAAGAUGAACCAGCUCCACUGAAGCUUAAGCAACCUGAAGAUGAACCUGAAACUCCUACUGCUGACUUCACUUUGCCACCUAAGAAGAAGCAACCAGACAGUGAAUCACCUGCUGAUCCUUUAGGAGGACCAAAACCGAAAGAUCCCAAGUUGAGCCUCAAAAAUCCGAAACCAAAAGAAGCUCCGAAGAAAGCUCCAGUCAAACCUGAGAAGAAACCGGAAGACAAAAAACCGACAGAGAAGCCGAAACCGAAAGAAGAGAAACCAAAGGAACCUGAAGCACCUAAAGCACCGAAAAAGUGGCGCCCGCCAUGGGAAGACGAUCCUGACGAACCAGAAGAAGAUAAACCAGCUCCACUGAAGCUUAAACAACCUGAAGAUGAACCUGAAACUCCUACUGCUGACUUUACUUUGCCACCUAAGAAGAAGCAACCAGACAGUGAAUCACCUGCUGAUCCUUUAGGAGGACCAAAACCGAAAGAUCCCAAGUUGAGCCUCAAAGAUCCGAAACCAAAAGAGGCUCCAAAGAAAGCUCCAGUCAAACCUGAGAAGAAACCGGAAGACAAAAAACCGACAGAGAAGCCAAAGCCGAAAGAAGAGAAACCAAAGGAACCUGAAGCACCAAAGGCACCGAAAAAGUGGCGCCCGCCAUGGGAAGACGAUCCUGACGAACCAGAAGAAGAUGAACCAGCUCCACUGAAGCUUAAGCAACCUGAAGAUGAACCUGAAACUCCUACUGCUGACUUCACUUUGCCACCUAAGAAGAAGCAACCAGACAGUGAAUCACCUGCUGAUCCUUUAGGAGGACCAAAACCAAAAGAUCCCAAGUUGAGCCUCAAAGAUCCGAAACCAAAAGAAGCUCCGAAGAAAGCUCCAGUCAAAUCUGAGAAGAAACCGGAAGACAAAAAACCGACAGAGAAGCCGAAACCGAAAGAAGAGAAACCAAAGGAACCUGAAGCACCUAAAGCACCGAAAAAGUGGCGCCCGCCAUGGGAAGACGAUCCUGACGAACCAGAAGAAGAGCCUAUAGAUGAAGAGCAAGAAGAUGAACCAGAAAACGGUGAACCUUCACGUCCAAAGCUCAAAAUUCCUGACGACGAGCCGGGAAGUCCUUCUGUCGAUUUCAGUUUGCCUGGACCCGAAUCAGAAGAGCCAGAAGACGAACCAGAAUUUGAUACACCUACAGGAGAUAAGCCCAAAAGAAAACGACCAAAAUCUGAAGGUCCUGAUCAACCAAUUACUAAAAAACCGAAAAGCAAGAAACGUAGAAAACGACCUCAGCCAGAUACAGAGAAGGCUCCAUCUGUGGAACCCGUGCAACCUGAGAAACCUGAAGAGCUAAAGAAACCACAAUGGAUACCACCAAUCAAAGUAGAAGAACCGAUUCCAAUGCCUCCGAAAGAAAAGUCGAUAGCUGAGAAAAACAAGGAAGAGCGCAUUCCGCCAACUCUUCGUUACGCCAAAAAGCCGAGACAUUUGUGGGUCCUCCUGAUAAGUUCAUUUUUUUUAUUUUUUGUUUUCAGAGAUGUGUAUAUACCUUUUGUUAUUCCCUGGGAGCAAACAGCUGCCAUAAUGACCCAAGAAGGAAUGGGAGCCUUCGGAAAAUCACGAGAGGCCAAUCCAACUGUCAAUUACGGUGAAAAACCACUAAUACAGGUAGUAUAAGAAAAUAAUUUUCUCUGAAAAAAAAGUAAACAUUUUAGGGAGCAGUGAAGUCAGAAACGGUCAUUCCGCUUCUGAAUGACGAACGAAGCUGUGCGAAUCGAUCCGGAAUGACGCCGUUUGGAGGAAAGAGGCUUGCUGUCGAAGGCGUUGUAGACAAUCAUGAAUACAAAAAUCUGGAUGUCAGUCUGAGUUUCGGAUGUUUUGUAAAAAUUUUGAUAUUGGUCUGAAUGAAAAAAAACUCGAAAAAAAAAUUUCAGAAUGGAAAAAGUGAGUCAAUCAUUCCUCUCAUGAGUAGAGGAUCAACGGCUCAUAGCAAAAAUGAGUUUGGAAACUUACGCCUUCAGGUAUUCAGUUCUAUUUUUUUUGCUUAUUUCGUCAUUUCGAUGAAAUUCAGACAAGCGAUGUGAAGUACAAAGACGGGAUGAAACCAGGAAUGUGUCCGGAUUCUCACAAUUUUAUCUCUCGGCAGUUUGCUCCGAGUUCUCGGAAAGCUGGGAGUCAUGUUUUGGACCGAAGACGAAACCAAGUAAACUAUUUUAAAACUUUUGCUCUUUCUUUCGAACUUCAGUGACUGCUCUUACUAAGGAACGUUUCAUACCCACCGGUUAAACUUUUGAUGAAACUCCGCUGAAGUGUACUUUCGGACUUCCGGAUUGCAGAAAAAAAAAUGUCUUGCAAUAGAUUUCCUUUUUGAGUUGAGACACUUCGAAAGCUUGAAAUAGCGCUUUUUUGUCAUUUUGCGGACUUUGAAGCUUCAUAAGUCAAAAAUAAAACCUAUUGCGAGAAUUUUUUUCUUUUUCUGCAAUCAGAAGGUCCUGAAGUACACUUAAGCAAAGUGUCAGCAAAAGUUCAACCGGGAGGUAAGAAACGUUACCUCGUUAGUUUUGAUUUUCAAAAGUUGAAACUAUAUUAUGAGCUUCUCUAAAGAUAUGAAUUUCAUAUUGGGGACGCAAUACCGAUGUCCAAGGCCAGUGAAGGGUUGAUCCCGCUGAUGUUUGACGGGAGAGCCGUUGAAAUCAAAGAAGGAAGCGAGUUUGGUUCGUUCCGUCCAACAGUUUCCAACUCGACCGGAGGGUAUCUCAUGACCUAUCAGGAUGAAGUCAAGUGCAAAGGAAUCGUUCCUUUCCAGGUAUUCAACAAAUUUCUCUUAAUAUCCCACUUAAUUCAAAAAAACAGGACGGCAUGCGAGUCGGAAUAACAAAAACAAGGAAAAUAGUCUUUUUGUUAGAUAGUUCGUCCUUUUUUAGUAAAAAGUAUUUUUCCAUAACAUCAUAUCAAAGUUGCCUAAACUCCAAAAAAAAAAUAAAAUAAAUUUCCAAGUUUCCAAAAAAUUAACGUGCAUUUUAUCGACUUUUUUACUACCCGUUUUUUUGGAGUUUUGAGCCAGCCAGUUUUUCUUCAGAACCGAGCAGAAAUUUUCAGUUGAAAAUGGCGAAAGUGAUAGUUCAUUCGUUUAUUCUUUUUAUAUUUUUUUCGAUAGACUCAGAAAUGAGCUUUUUUCAAAUUUGCCCAUUUUCCUUUUUGCAGCUACUUGAAAAAAAUUUUUAACAGUAACUUUUAGUGUUGAUAACUUUCACCGCUUUUCAGUAAUUAUUUGGUCUGCCUUGAGAUGUUCGUCAAAUAUUCCGCGAUCUCGCGUGUUUUUAGAGCUCAUAUAUUCCAGCAGCCUAACUUUUCAAUAAACCCAAACGUCGAUUCAGCCCCAAACAAACAACACAAAAUUUGCAGACGGCUCCAUCGCUGGUCGCAUAA